ACCGGAGCGCCACCUUGCCUAUGGAAAGCAUGUUUGAGAGAAGUCAACGAAGUGUGACCAAAGAAUUCCAUUGGUACCAUGCCGGACCCAAGUCUUCUCAGUCUACUCCCCAACAUCAAGUCUCACGGCCUGGUGCCGGACGUCAUUUCUCAGGUACCCAGGAAUGCGGUCGUCGUCACCUACCAUGACGGCGACGUCCGCAUGGGGAAUACCCUGAGGCCAAGUCAGGCUGCUCACGAACCCACCAGCGUCAUCUUCAGAGCAGAAGCCGGAUCGUUCUACACGCUGGUGAUGGUGGACCCGGACGCGCCUAGUCGUCAGAACCCAAAGAUGCGACACUGGCUUCACUGGCUGGUCGUCAACAUUCCUUCCAGCUGCGACCUCAGGGCAGGCACUCCCGUCACAGAGUACGCUGGACCAACUCCUCCUAGGGGCAGCGGUCCCCACCGCUAUGUCUUUCUCGUCUUUGCGCAAGGACGCCGCAGGAUUAACGAAGACUCGGUGGAUGUCCCCGAGGGACGAGGCAAGUUCAACCUGAGAGAGUUCCUCGUAAACCUGGAGCUUGGACAAGCUUACGCGGCCAAUUUCUUUCUAGCUGAGAACAAGUGAUCGUGUCUACUGGUUCUCCCAUUUGUAGUGGAAUGCUGGGUAAAUAAAGUCCCUUUUACGAAGGCA